CGCCGCUGCCCCGCCUCCUAGCGCAAGCCGAAAGCGACUCGAUCUGGGCCUCGGGCUGUGGCCGCUGCGGCCCGAGUGGUGGCCCGCCCUUCAGGUGGGCGGCUGUCUGGGUCUGGCGACCUCAGCGCUCCUCUGCCUUGCCACCUGGUGCCCGGCUCGCGACUCUGAUCACCCCUCACUCCUUGCUGCGGAGAGCCCCGCAGGGACGAGGCGGUACGGCGGCGAUCGCCUUGGCCCCCGGAGCGUCCAUCGAGCCGAGUGGAGCCGGCCUGGCGCCUCGGCCGCCGGCGGACGGACGCGGACACCGAGCACUAGGCUGCUGGACCUCGGCACGUUACGAGACUCACCUGCGGUACCGCGGAGGAUUACUCUGAAUUGCGGUGGGCAUCUGUGUCCCGAACGAAUUAGAACUUAAAAUCUAAUAUUUCGGGCGCCAUGACGUUGAGACUCUUAGAAGAUUGGUGCAGGGGGAUGGAUAUGAACCCUCGAAAGGCGCUGUUGAUUGCUGGCAUCCCCCAGACCUGCGGUGUGGCAGAAAUCGAGGAGGCUCUGCGGGCUGGUUUAGCCCCUUUGGGGGAGUACAGACUGCUUGGGAGGAUGUUCAGGAGGGAAGAGAACAGGAAUGUAGCCUUAGUAGGCCUUACUGAGGAGACUGUUCAUGCUCUGGUCCCUAAGGAGAUACCGGGAAAAGGGGGUAUCUGGAGAGUGAUCUUUAAGCCCCCUGACCCAGAUAAUGAAUUUCUAAGCAGAUUAAAUGAAUUUUUAGAGGAAGAGGGGAUGACAGUGAGUGAGUUGACCAGAGCUCUAGGGUAUGAAAAUGACCCUUUUGACCUAGACCAGGACAUGAUCCCAGAAAUUCGGGCCCCUAUGUUGGCACAGGCAUUGGAUGAGGCUCUUCAGCCUGCCCUGCAAUACCUGCACUAUAAAAAGCUGAGAGUAUUCUCGGGCAGGGAUCCUCCAGAAGUAGAAGAGGAAGAAUUCGGACCCUGGUUGUUUCAUACUACUCAAAUGAUCCAGGCAUGGCAGGUGUCAGAUGCAGAGAAAAGAAGGCGAUUGCUAGAGAGCCUCAGAGGCCCAGCAUUAGAUGUUAUUCGUGUCCUGAAGAUCAGCAAUCCUUUAAUUACAGUCCGUGAAUGCCUGCAGGCUCUUGAGCAGGUAUUUGGGGUUAUAGAUAAUCCUAGGGAGUUGCAGGUCAAAUAUCUGACCACUUACCAGAAGGAUGAAGAAAAAUUAUCUGCUUACAUACUAAGGCUGGAGCCUUUGUUACAGAAGCUGGUACAGAGAGGAGCAAUUGAGAAAGACAUUGUGAAUCAGGCCCGCUUAGACCAAAUCGUUGCUGGAGCGGUCCACAGAACAGUUCGCAGACAGUUUGGUUUGCCAGAGGAUGGCCCAGCCCCUGGCUUUUUGCAGUUACUGGCACUGAUAAAGGAUGGAGAAGCAGUUGAGGAGGAGGAGGCCCUUCUCCAGGCAGGAUUAGGAGAACAUUUCACCUGAAUCUCAGGAAGGGGUAUCUGUCAAUAAGUGGAGCAUGAAAGUAGAAGAGUCUGUGUACUCCAGUGAUAGACAUUAACCAAUCCCUACCUGUGCUACCAAGUAAGUAAUUUUCAUGCAGGUCUGAGUAUAAACCCUUUGUCAUUUCUGUGCCUAUUUAAUGUCUCCUAAGUGUGUCAUUGACUAGGAAGGGUGUAGUUCUGCACUGCUAUUUAUUUAAAACUGCUAUUAUCUAUUUAAAUUAGUCUCUGUGAAUUUUUUAUCAUGCAAAAUUGUACAAAAGGUCUGUCACUACAUAUGUUUAGUGCUCUGAGAGGAUGGGGAAGGCUCAGGUGCACAUGCUGACCAGAUCUCAUUGAGAUGUCAGCUUGUUUGGUAACAUGUGCAAGUGUAGCAUGUCACAUGUGAUGAUGUUACAUCAAUAGUUUUUAGGUGUAUAUUGCCCUACAUUUAUGAUGAAGAUCAAGAGCAGUGGUUAAGAUAAUUAUUUUUUGUAUGAAUCAGAAUUAUAUUGGUUCUGUGCAAUCAAAAGGCAUUAAUUGAAUGCUGAGGUUGAUAAGUUUGCAAUGACCACCUUUAACCCCAGAUUUGUGAUAUGUGUCAUCAAAGCAUCCAGUUCUGAAUGUCAUUUUCAUGGUUAUAAGAUUAUAGUUAUAAAAUAAACGAAUGCUAAA